GCUGUCAGCCACCCCCCUCCUUCAGCGAGCCCCGCCCGGCCGGGCGCUGGAGCGCAGGGCGAGGCCAGGGCGGGGUCUCCUGCAGUCUCCUGCCGAGCCCGAGUGGAGCGGGCCGCGGCUAGUGAGUGCCCGGAGCCUUAGGAGUCGCCGCGCCCCGUAGACGCCCCGGCCGGUCCCCGCCUUGCGUGUGGGCCCCGCCGGGAUGGGGAGUCGCCGAGGCCUGGGCCAGCCGCGGGCCGGCCUCUGUCUGCUUCUGGCCUCGCUGCAGCUUCUGCUCCGGACGCAGGCCGCAGGCCCUGUGGAUGUGCUGAAGGCCCUGGGUGUGCGAGGGGGCCAGGCUGGGGUCCUUGAGGGGCCUGGCCUCUGCCCCCAGCGGGCCCCAGAGGGUGACCGGGCAUUCAGGGUUGGCAAGGCCAGCACACUUGGCAUCCCCACGUGGGAGCUCUUUCCAGACGGGCACUUUCCUGAGAACUUUUCCGUGCUGAUCACUCUGCGGGGCCAGCCAGCCAACCAAUCUGUCCUUCUAUCCAUUUAUGAUGAGAGUGGUACUCGGCAACUGGGCCUCAGUCUGGGGCCAGCUCUGGGCCUCCUAGGUGACUCCUUCAGCCCCCUCCCCCAGCAAGUCAAUCUCAUGGACGGCAGGUGGCACCGUGUGGCAGUCAGUGUGGAUGGCAGCAUGGUGACUCUGGUGGCUGACUGUGAGCCUCAGCCCCCCACGUUGGGCCAGGGGCCUCGAUUCAUCAGCACAGCUGGACUCACUGUGUUGGGGACCCAGGACCUUGGGGAGGAGACUUUUGAGGGAGAUAUUCAGGAGUUGCUGAUAAGCCCAGAUCCUCAGGCUGCCUUCCAGGCCUGUGAGCGAUACCUUCCUGGCUGUGACAACCUGGACCCUAUAACAACAGGGGUCCCCCAGAGUGAGUCAGAAACUCCUCCUCGACGGAAGGGGAAGGGAAAAGGGAGGAAAAAAGGGCGAGGUCGUAAAGGGAAGGGAAGGAAGAAAAAGAACAAGGAAACUUUGACGCCAAGCCCACCUCCUGGCUCCCUGGAGAACCAGACCUCCACCGACAUCCCCAAAACAGAGACGUCAGCUUCAACUCUGCCUCUGACUCCGACUCCUACACCUUUGGUCAUCACCACCACUGUGACCAUUGGCCGCAAUGUCACCAUGCUAGAGGCAGGCCUGGACCCUGACAAUGGAACCGAACUAAGGACCCUGGAGACUAAGUUAGCCAACGAGGACAAAGAAGGAAGUGGCCCCACCAUGGACCCUGACUUCUGGGCAGCAGAACUGCCAUCACAGAUUCAAUUCCAGAUCUUUCCUGGUGCUGGAGAGAAGGGAGCAAAAGGAGAACCAGCAGUGAUUGAACAGGGACAGCAGUUUGAGGGACCUCCAGGAGCCCCAGGACCCCGAGGGGUGGUUGGCCCCUCAGGCCCUCCUGGCCCCCCAGGAUUCCCUGGAGACCCUGGUCUACCGGGUCCUGCUGGCCUUCCAGGAAUCCCUGGCAUCGAUGGGAUCCGGGGUCUACCAGGCACUGUAAUCAUGAUGCCGUUCCAGUUUGCAAGCAGCUCCCUCAAAGGACCCCCAGUCUCCUUCCAGCAAGCCCAGGCUCAGGCAGUACUGCAGCAGGCUCAGCUGUCUAUGAAAGGUCCCCCUGGCCCAGUAGGACUCACUGGGCGCCCAGGCCCUGUGGGUCUUCCUGGGUAUCCGGGUCAGAAAGGAGAGAUGGGAGAAAUGGGGCCACAGGGUCCCCGAGGCCUUCAGGGACCUCUUGGGCCCCCUGGCCGGGAAGGAAAGAUGGGCCGCUCUGGAGCAGAUGGGGCUCGGGGCCUCCCAGGGGACACAGGACCUAAGGGUGAUCGGGGUUUUGAUGGCCUGCCAGGGCUGCCUGGAGAGAAGGGCCAAAGGGGUGACUUUGGCCAUGUGGGGCAACCUGGCCCCCCAGGAGAGGAUGGUGAGAAGGGAGCAGAAGGACCUCCGGGGCCCACUGGCCAGGCUGGGGAGCCAGGCCCCCGAGGACUGAUCGGCCCUAGAGGCUCCCCUGGUCCCCUGGGACGUCCGGGUGUAGUUGGAAUAGAUGGUGCUCCAGGAGCCAAAGGAAAUGUGGGUCCUCCAGGAGAACCAGGACCUCCAGGACAGCAGGGAAAUCCCGGGUCCCAGGGAAUCCCUGGCCCUCAGGGACCCAUUGGAACUCCUGGGGAGAAGGGUCCCCCUGGAAACCCAGGAAUUCCAGGCAUUCCAGGAUCUGAUGGCCCUCCGGGUCACCCAGGCCAUGAGGGCCCCACGGGGGAGAAAGGGGCCCAGGGUCCACAAGGGUCAGCAGGACCUCCGGGCUAUCCUGGACCUCGGGGUGUGAAGGGUACUUCUGGCAACCGGGGCCACCAGGGGGAGAAAGGAGAGAAGGGAGAGGAUGGCUUCCCGGGCUUCAAGGGCGAUGGGGGGCUUAAAGGAGAUCGGGGGCUCCCUGGCCCCCCCGGUCCCCGGGGAGAGGAUGGUCCGGAAGGGCUGAAGGGGCAGGAGGGGCUGGCUGGCAAGGAGGGUCCCCCAGGCUCAGCUGGGGAGAAGGGCAAGCUUGGGGUGCCAGGUCUCCCAGGUUACCCAGGACCUCCAGGCCCUAAGGGAUCUACUGGCUUUCCCGGGCCCCCGGGACCAUUAGGAGAAAAAGGGAAGAGGGGGAAGGCGGGGCAGCCAGGUCUGGAAGGAGAGCGGGGACCACCAGGCUCCCGUGGAGAGAGGGGGCAGCCAGGUGCCACUGGGCAACCAGGCCCCAAGGGCGAUGUGGGCCAGGAUGGGGCCGCUGGGAUCCCUGGAGAAAAGGGCCUCCCAGGUCUGCAAGGCCCUCCUGGAUUUCCUGGGCCAAAGGGUCCCCCUGGUCCCCAGGGGAAAGACGGGCGUCCUGGGCACCCUGGACAGAGAGGAGAAUUGGGCUUCCAAGGUCAGACAGGCCCACCUGGACCAGCUGGCGUCGUGGGUCCUCAGGGAAAGACAGGAGAAGCAGGACCUCUGGGUGAGAGGGGCCCCUCAGGCCCUCCUGGACCUCCUGGUGAACAAGGUCUUCCAGGCCUGGAAGGCAGAGAGGGUGUCAAGGGGGAGCUGGGACCACCGGGACCCCUUGGAAAGGAAGGACCACCUGGACCCAGGGGCUUCCCUGGCCCCCAAGGAGCCCCUGGGGACCCAGGACCUAUUGGUUUAAAGGGUGACAAAGGCCCCCUGGGCCCUGUUGGAGCCAACGGCUCCCCUGGGGAGCGGGGUCCACUGGGCCCGGCAGGAGGCAUUGGGCUUCCUGGCCAAAGUGGAGGCCAAGGCCCUGUUGGCCCUGCAGGCGAGAAGGGGUCCCCGGGCGAACGUGGCUCCCCUGGCCCCACAGGCAAAGAUGGGAUCCCAGGGCCCCUGGGGCUUCCUGGACCCCCUGGAGCUGUUGGGCCUUCUGGCGAGGAUGGGGACAAGGGGGAAGUGGGUGCCCCUGGUAACAAAGGGAGCAAGGGUGACAAAGGGGAUGCGGGCCCACCUGGACCAACAGGCAUACGGGGUCCUGUGGGACACCCAGGCUCCCCGGGAGCAGACGGGGCUCAGGGACGCCGGGGACCACCAGGCCUCUUUGGGCAGAAAGGAGAUGAUGGAGUGAGAGGCUUCGUGGGGGUGAUUGGCCCUCCUGGCCUGCAGGGGCUGCCAGGCCCUCCUGGAGAGAAAGGGGAGGUUGGAGACGUAGGGUCCAUGGGUCCCCAUGGAGCUCCAGGGCCUAGGGGCCCCCAUGGCCCCAGUGGAUCAGAGGGUCCUCCAGGGCUGCCUGGCGGAGUUGGUCAGCCGGGUGCUGUGGGCGAGAAGGGUGAGCCAGGGGAGGCUGGAGACCCAGGACCCCCAGGAACCCCAGGCAUCCCUGGGCCCAAGGGAGAAAUUGGUGAAAAGGGUGACUCAGGCCCAUCUGGGGCUGCUGGACCCCCAGGCAAGAAAGGCCCCCCUGGAGAGGAUGGAGCCAAAGGGAACAUGGGCCCCACUGGGCUCCCAGGAGAUCUAGGACCCCCCGGAGAUCCUGGAGUUUCGGGUAUCGAUGGCUCCCCAGGAGAGAAGGGAGACCCUGGUGACGUGGGGGGACCGGGUCCACCUGGGGCUUCUGGGGAACCUGGCCCCCCUGGGCCCCCUGGCAAGAGGGGUCCCUCAGGCCGCAUGGGUCAAGAAGGCAGAGAAGGGGAGAAAGGGGCCAAAGGGGAGCCAGGUCCUGAUGGACCCCCAGGAAUGACAGGCCCGGUGGGGGCUCGAGGACCCCCUGGACGUGUGGGGCCCGAGGGUCUUCGAGGGAUCCCUGGCCCUGUGGGUGAACCAGGCCUCCUGGGACCUCCUGGACAGAUGGGCCCUCCUGGACCCCUGGGGCCCUCUGGCCUUCCAGGAUUGAAGGGAGAUGCUGGCCUCAAGGGGGAAAAGGGCCACAUUGGAUUAAUUGGCCUCAUUGGCCCCCCUGGGGAAGCUGGUGAGAAAGGGGAUCAGGGGUUGCCAGGCGUGCAGGGCCCCCCUGGCCCCCAGGGAGAACCUGGUCCCCCCGGUCCCAUUGGCUCUCUGGGCCACCCUGGGCCCCCAGGUGUGGCGGGUCCUCUGGGACAGAAAGGCUCCAAGGGGUCCCCGGGAGCCUUUGGUCCCCGUGGUGACGCUGGCCCCCCUGGCCCCCCCGGCCCCCCGGGUCCCUCCGCUGAGCUGCACGGGCUGCGCAGGCGCCGGCGCUCUCUCCCAGGCCCAGGGGCGCUAGAGGCCCUGGAGGGCGGCCUGGAGGAGGUGCUGGCCUCACUCACGUCGCUGAGCUUUGAGCUGGAGCAGAUGCGGCGCCCCCCGGGCACGGCUGAGCGCCCGGGCCUCGUGUGCAGUGAGCUGCACCGCAACCACCCACACCUGCCUGACGGGGAGUACUGGAUUGACCCCAACCAGGGCUGUGCGAGGGACUCGCUCAGGGUUUUCUGCAACUUCACGGCGGGAGGAGAGACCUGCCUCUAUCCUGACAAGAAGUUUGAGAUGGUAAAAAUGGCCUCCUGGUCCAGGGAAAAGCCAGGAAACUGGUAUAGCACAUUUCGCCGAGGGAAGAAGUUCUCCUACGUGGAUGCUGAUGGGUCCCCGGUGAGUGUGGUCCAGAUGACCUUCCUGAAGUUGCUGAGUGCCACGGCCCGCCAGAGCUUCACCUACUCCUGCCAGAACUCUGCCGCCUGGUUGGACGAAGCUGCAGGGGACCACAGCCGCUCCCUCCGGUUCCUUGGAGCCAACGGAGAAGAGCUGUCUUUCAACCAGAUGGCACCAGCCACCAUCACUGUCCCCUAUGACGGCUGCCGGCUCCGGAAGGGACAGACGAAAACCCUCUUGGAGUUCAGCUCUUCCCGAGUGGGCUUUCUGCCUCUGUGGGACGUGGCGGCUACUGACUUUGGCCAGACCAACCAGAAGUUUGGGUUUGAACUGGGCCCUGUCUGCUUUAGCAGCUGAGAGUCUCGGGGUGGGAGGGACAUUGAGGGAGCCCCAGACGGGGCACUUUUGGUGCUGAGGCUUUGAAGCCAUCAUAUUUAUCGUCUCCUGUGACUGUGGAGCCAGGGGGAGUCUGCUCCUCAUGGUCAAGCAAUAUUCCUUCUCCAUUCCAGGGGGCUGGGAGCUGCACACCCCUGGCCCAAGAGUCCGGCUUCCUCCUCAUUGCACCACAGCUGACAUACUGUAGUCUGGCUCUUUCUCCCCUCUAUGCCCACCCAACCCUCAACUCCCCACCCCUGAUGCCCCAUGCAGUGAACUUCUAACUCAGAGCUGAUGAAUGGCCCCACACUUGCCUCCCCUUUCCCUGGGCAGUGCUCUCAGCACCCUGUGGUGCUCCCCUUUCCAAUAGUUAAGCACUGGAUGUCUCCUGAUCCCAGGCUGGGACCCCUUCACUCAUUCCUAUUUUCAGGUGGGUUCACAGUGAAGGAACUGAAGUCAGACUACAGGGGAAGUGGGACUUCCCGGGACUGAGCUGUGUGCUCCUUCUGCUGCCUCAGCCCAGCUCUGAAUACUGCCCCCCACCCAUAUCUCCCCAAAUGCACCUUGCCAUGCCAGGUGGGAUGGGGGCCAAGAUGGUGGGGGUGAAUCAGGAUCCUAAUGGUGCUGCCCUAUUUAUACCUGGGUCUGGAUUAAAAGGGAAAAUCCCCUCUGUUGUAUAUUUAAUCGGCUUCCUCCUUAGGGAAGGCUGGGAUAUGAUGAGAGGAAUUCUAGCAUGAUCACCACCCCUCCAGGGCCAUAGGGCAUAUUUGGCAUCUCAAGUCUGAGAAUAAACCAGUGAACUGUG